GACAACUUUCAUUUGCACGAUGAGAUCACAUCUCGCAGUCCUGUUUGUGCAAUGGACGCGUGAAGCUGCAGCUGAAGCACUGAAGUUAGGCGACGAAACUGUGGGCGUUUGCAGCCCAUCUUACUUAUCUCAACCAGCGACAGAUGCUUACCUAAUUCCAUUGCUUCCCACUGCAGUAUAGCCAAGUACCAGGUGACCAUGAUGCUCACGCUGGUUGAUCACCUACGAGGUAGAGGUUUUCUCAACGAUGCCAGCUGCUCAUCGAGUCCCCGACAGUAGCCCAGUUGCCAUAUUUUUAUCCAAAUAUGGUUCUGGCACUGAGAUAUACGUUAGCCAUCUGGAUACCACUGACGUGUCAGGCCGAAAGAAACAUUUCUUCGCCAUGCUGGGUUCCAAUGUGGCAUGGUCUUUUCUGCUUGGCAGACGCCUAUAUGGCGCUCUGUACCGCUAUGGCAUCCUGUUUAUCCUUGGGAAAAUGUUACCAAUGCUCAAGGCCCCUACUCCUGCGGUGAACUGGCUGUUAGCAGGUCAACUGUGCCUUGACAUAUUCUUGUUGUCUGUCUUACUGCCCUUGAUCAACAACUUCAUCUCGAUCAUGACGUUGCGAUACUAUCAUGGGUUCCCAAAAUCAGAAAUCGUCUUCCGAAAACCUACUGCAGCAACAGUUGCAAACAUUGUCUCUCAGCCUCAGGACAAAAGGGAUUCGUACAUGAAUGAGAUUCUGCGUCAUGCUGUCGAUCCCGAGGAAUUCAAUCAGCCGAGUUGGGGUAUGCCUUGGGAUGAGUGGACCAUGGACUUCCGGGUGAUGGCGGCUGCGUAUGAGGCGGAGAAGAAGGGGAUGAUAUCUAGAGAUGCGUGGGAGCUAAGCGUGUGGAUGAAGAUGAAGGAAGGCUGGACCGUAAUUGAGCACGGAAAAGUCAGUGACCCCUUGAGCCAAGCUGGUAUGAUGGAAAAGCUUCAACGCAAACUCACUGCCAUGGGCAAACGACACGUGUUUACUCAGAUGAUGGAGGUCAUUCAGGUCAAGACUGUCGCUAAAGACGGAACUCCGCUGCCUGUCACUGAGGAAGUGGACAAAAUAAUUGCGGACAUCUUUCACCGGAAUGACGUGGAUUUUGCGCAGUUGACAAGCGAAUUGGCCACAGAAUCUCCCCGUUUUGCAGCCAACUCGUCAAAGAAAUCGAAAUAGACAUAAUGAUAUUGUAUUCUGAGUAUUUAGCACAUCACGGGUACAUUGGAAUCACUAUGGCAGUCGAGUUAAUGCGAAUCACAGGAUAUCUCUAUCGGCUAAGUGGCGCUCUCAUGAGCACGUUGGUAUCAGGUCACCUGGUCUAGAUCAUUUCUCGUCACGAAUAAUGGCAUGAUACAAUGAGAAGAAACGUCCAUUGGCACAUUGUAUCAACAGAACAGGGACAUGUCGAAACUAAAAGUCCUUAUCACUUCAACUUGGCAGACGGUAAGUUGCUUCACCUAUAACCGCUUAUC